CCAGCUUAUAUGAGGUGGAUGUACCCGAUUGAGCGUUACAUGAAGAUAUUAAAAGGGUAUGUAAAAAAUCAAAGCCGACCAGAGGGUUGUAUUGUUGAACGGUAUAUAGUUGAAGAAGCUGUUGAGUUUUUUACUGACUUCCUCUCUAAUGUUGAGUCCAUAGGGCUUCCAAUGUCACGACACUCAGGAAGGACAACAGGGGAAGGGAUUGGUGCAAGUAAACUAGUGACCAUCUCAGACAUAGAAUUGGAGCAAGCCCACUUGUAUGUUCUACACAAUGCCGAUGAGGUUGAGCCAUAUGUUAAAAAGCACAAGGAAAUUCUUCAGAGUUUGAACCCUAAUAGAAGUGAAAAUUGGUUAACAAGAGAACACAAUCGGAGGUUUAUAUCAUGGCUAAAAGAACACAUUUUUUCAGAGAUUGCUAAAAAUCCAGAUUCAAUUUCUGAAAGAUUGAGAUGGCUAGCAAAUGGCCCAAAUGCAAAUGUUCUCUCUUACUCUAGUUAUGUGAUUAAUAAGUAUACAUUUUAUACGAAAGAACAUGAUCAACAAAGCACUAUGCAAAAUAGCGGUGUCACGCUCGUAGCCCAAUCUCUGCAUAUCUCAAGUGCCAAAGACAGAAAUCCAGCAUUUGCCAAAUUGUCAUAUUUUGGGGUCAUUGAACAUAUCUGGGAGUUGGAUUACUCAUCUUUCCAAGUGCUUGUGUUUGGUUGCAAGUGGGUUGAUAACAACAAUGGUGUUCAAUUUGAUCAUGGGUUCAUGAAGGUUGAUCUUAACAGAGAGGGGUAUAGAGAUGAGCCUUUUAUUUUAGCAUCACAAGCUCACCAAGUGUUCUAUGUAACUGAUCCUGCCGAUGAAAAGUGGUCUAUUGUGCUUCUAAGCAACAAAAUAAAUGACCACCAUGAUCAAGAAUGUGAAAAUAGAGAUGUUGAGGAUGAUCCUUUCUUCAACACAUCACAUUCACUUGAGGAUGAACCGAUUACAGAUGAUAUUCUCUAUAUGAGAAACGAUCACAAUGAUGGGAUUUGGAUCAAUCCAUCAUUCUGGGUAAGAAAAAAACAGAAAACUAGGACUCGAAUUACAAGGAAGAGGAAAAGGCCAACUUGAUCUUGUGAAUGGGUUCUACUAAUGAUGAAUGUGGUUCAUCUAGUAAGAAAACAAUUGCUAAACGUGGUGUGACUCGGUUGCCAAAAAUUCACAAAGCUAAAAGCAAUGGAAACAGGAUAGAGGUUCAAUGGAAUGCAAGAGGUCAGCCAGUUAAGCAUAAUAGUAAGAGUUUUGCUAGUUUCGUUGGUGUCACAGUUCGCCGGUUAGUUCCAAUUAGCUUGGACAAUUGGAGUGCAAAAAGAAACAAAUCCGUUGUGGAUGUCUAUAAAGAAAACAUUUGGGAUGAAAUUCAAAAAGCUUUUGUAAUUGGCGAUGAACAUCGUGAAUAUGUAUUGAGAGAAGCUGGAAAGUUGCAUCGGGCAUUCAGAACCAAAAUUGCCAAGUUUUUUCUGAAAGAUAGUAAUGGCGAUUUUAAUAAACAACGUCCUGCGAAAUAUUCUUACUGUAUAAAGCAAGAGCAUUGGGAUAACUUUGUAGCUCAGCGUAAGAGUACACAUUUUCAGAAACUUAGUAUUCAAAAUCGAGAAAGAGCGUUGAAUCCUCAACAUCCAUAUAGAAAAUCACGUUUGGGUUGUGCUCGUCUUGAAGAGGAUAUGAUAGAAGAGUCUGAAAAUGAUUCGGUAACCCGAUGUCAAGUGUGGAAGGCUGCCCGUGUCAAUAAGGAUGGAGUGAUUGAUAAUGACAAUGUUCAAGAAGUUGUGGAUGAAUGUGAAAAGUUAACACAAUCUUUAACUGAAGAACAGAGAGAAGACCUUGGUCCUACAGAUUUAUUAUUUAAGGCUCUAAAUAAUCCCCGAAACUACUCUGGCAGUGUUAGGAGUUAUGGUUUUGGGGUAUGUUCUAGAGACAUAUUUCCACGUCAAAUUCGCCCCACACAAAUGGACCUUGAAAAACUUUAUGGCAUUUGCAAUAAACUGAAGAAUAGAGUUGAGGUGUUAGAGAGAGAGAAGUUGGAGAGAGAGAAGUUGGAGACGCAACAAACCAAUGAAGUAAUAGAGACACAUCAACCUGAAAGAGUGGUAGAAAGGCAACAUACUCAAAAAGUGUUUGAGAGGCAACAAACUGAGAAAGUGGCUGAGAGGAAACAACCUGAAGAAGUAGCUGAAGAAGUAGAAGAGAGACGACAACCAAAAGAAGUGGUAGAUAGGAAAAAACCUAGUGAUAAAAGGUCUUGCAACGCUGUAUCAUUUGGCAACAUUCCUAAGGGUCUUUUGUCUGUUGAUAUCUAUUUAUCAUCCCCAAGUUGGUGUUUGGUUGCUCGUGGUAAACUAUAUAACACUGAAGGUAAUAUAGUGCACGACAUUACAUUACCACCUGGCUAUGUCAAGGUUAAGAUCGAAGUUUCUAUUGUGCCAAAUGCUCCGUUGCCUAUAUCUGUUGAAUAUGGAGAUGUAUCCAUGGUUGGUCAGGAAAUAGGAACAAUUGUGCCAUGGCCACUUAAACUUCUUCAAUUUGUUGGUGAAUGUGAAAAGAUUCCUAAUCAAUUCCAAAACAAAGAUAAGAAUAUCCAGCGAAGUGCUAAAUCAGUUUCAUCACCUAACAAAGACAACAAAACAUUCAAAAUUCAAGAGUCCCCUAAAGUUGGUGGUUCAUCUGGUCUUGCAAAAGUGUCUGAGAGGCAACAAACCGAGAAAGUGGCCGAGUGGAAACAACCUGAAGAAGUAGCUGAAGAAGUAGUAGAGAGACGACAACCAAAAGAAGUGGCAGAGAGGCAAAAACCUAGUGAUAAAAGGUCUUCCAACGUUGUAUCAUUUGGUAACAUUCAGGAGGGUCUUUUGUCUGUUGAUAUCUAUUUAUCAUCCCCAAGUCGGUGUUUGGUUGCUCGUGGUAAACUAUAUAACACUGAAGGUAAUAUAGUGCACGGCAUUACAUUACCACCUGGCUAUGUCAAGGUUAAGAUCGAAGUUUCUAUUGUGCCAAAUGCUCCAUUGCCUAUAUCUGUUGAAUAUGGAGAUGUAUCCAUGGUUGGUCAGGCAAUAGGAACAAUUGUGCCAUGGCCACUUAAACUUCUUCAAUUUGUUGGUGAAUGUGAAAAGAUUCCUAAUCAAUUCCAAAACAAAGAUAAGAGUAUCCAGCGAAGUGCUGAAUCAGUUUCAUCACCAAACAAAAACAACAAAAAAUUCAAAAUUCAAGAGUCCCCUAAAGUUGGUGGUUCAUCUAGUCUUGCAAAUUUACCGUUCCUAGAAAUGUAUACGACAAAGAUGAUGAAGGCUGGAUCCUCAAUUCAUAUAAAUAUGGAGGAGAGUAUAUUUGGUGAAGAGUUUUUAGAGCGUCUACGAGUAGAUAAUAUAAAAGAGAUUAUUGAUCAUAACUGGUUAAGUGCCUCUAUUAUCACUGUAUUUUCCAGGUACUUGUUUGACAAGUUCAUUAGUCCAAAUGGAUUAAUAACCAAGUUCUCCUUCGUAUCCCCACAUGUAUCACGGGACGAUAAUCAAGGAAAUGCUAUAGCAAAAAUACUCUUGAAAGAUAAGGAGUUCAAGGAUAGGCUAAUUCUUGCACCUUGCAAUAUAGGUAAACAUUGGGUGUUGCUUGUAAUCAAUCCUGAUGCUGAGAUGAUAUAUUACAUGGACCCGUUGAAUGGUGAGCCAACAAAAUAUCAAAAUUUAAAAACAAAGUUUGAUAAUGCUUUGCAAAUUUAUCGUGCCCAUAUUAAUUCUAAAGUGUCCAAGUCAAAGAAAAUCACAUGGCCAAAAAUAAAGUGUCCUCGUCAAAUUAAUGUUAUUGAUUGUGGAUAUUUUGUAAUGCGAUAUAUGAAAGAGGUCAUCAUGGAAAAUGAAAAUAUGAUCCCCAUAAAUUACUUUCCUGACCACAAAUGCCGCACCUACUCUACAGAUAAAUUAACUAAUGUCAAGGAGGAUUGGGCUACCUAUCUGGUGGAUGAUGUUUUUGGAAACCAAGAAGCUGUUAUUCUUCCUAACUAGGUCAUUGUAUAUAUAAUUCAUAUUGAAUUAGAAAGUUGAAAGUGUUGGGGUUAAUUUGCGGCUUUGAAAGAUGGACAAUUUGGAUUUUUUUGGUUCAGCUGUUGUUGCGUGCAGGUUGGAAAGUGCAAUUGGUUGAAUGAAGCUGUUAUUAGUUGUUGCUGUUCUUUUGUCCUUGUUUUUUAAUUUAGGUGGUAAUUCUUUAGUUAAGGAAAUAUGAGUAGAAUAUUUGUUUGAAAUAUUGUUUUUAGCAUUGUGGUUUUAUCCACAAUUUUGACUCUGUAAUGCCCUCUUUGUUAUGAUAUUUGUAGACAAGAUUUUUCGAUUAAUGCAGAUUGAUUGAUCAUAUUUCAUA